AUGAACCAGAAUUUUGUUUUUCAUGUUAUAGAUAUUACAUUCAAUAACUUAAUCAAGACCAAUUUUGUAAGAUUACCGUCACAUAUAAUAGAUUCAGCACUUGAUAACGUCCCUAUUCAAUAUGCAUGUAUAGAGAUUAAACCUUCUAACAACAGCAAUUGCAAAGCCCAGAAUACCGGUAUACCUAUUUAUUUGGGAUGGGAUGGAUUAACCAGCAACAAUCCAACUUCUAUCGAGAUCAAUCCUAUACUAUAUAAUCUAAUCAUACUUAAAUUAUGGAAAUUGAACAAGCAUGACAUUACCAAGAAUAAAAAUACCGUAGAUAUAAAAAUCUUGGAUACCAGAUACAAGAAUUCCAAUGUUAUUAGAUUGGCCAAUACAGCAUUGGUUGAGCCAUUGGACUUUGAUGAUUGGGAAAUCGUUGAGAAAAACACCGAUUAUUUUCAAAACAUUAUAUUACAACAAACUCGAUUUAUUAGACUAGGACAGCCUUUUAUAUGCUAUAUUGGUUCAAAUUAUGCACAGUUCAAGGUAUUAGAAGUAGAACAACAGACUGGAAAUGGUAUACUCGAUAAAAAGGAUGCUUAUUGCUAUAGACUAGAUAAUAAUAGUUUAAUUGUUAUAAAACCUAAGAUACGUUUAUCCAGGAAAAAAACUCAUAAUAGUAGUACUAAUAACACAAAUAAAACUAUUAAAAUGGUCAAAAGGUCAUUGUCUGAUAAAUUGGUCACAACUAAAGACACUUUAAUCCCUACCGUUGAAAUAAAAUAUACAAAAUCAAUGCUGCAAUUAUUAACUACGGAUGAUGGCACUACUGACAAAGUAAAUGAAUUAUACGGCACGUUGAAAAUCUUGCCAUCUCCCACGGAUUCUUCCAACUUGGUUGUUCCGUAUAUUUAUGUUAAAAUUAUAAAUUGUAAUGAAGACGAUGGGUUUUUAGAUCAAAACGAUAUGAAACUAAAUGAGUUGGCAUGGGAUAAUUUUCUAGGACUAUCUAUCGAUAAUGGUCAUUUAUUCGAAUUAACUGUGUUGCCCGAGUUCCCCUUUAAUAACACCAAUAAUUUUGGUACUGAAAUUACCGUUAAGCCAAUUACUUGGAGUAUAGAUAUGCCUAAUAACGGUACAAAGAUAUCUAAUGAUACAAGAAGUACUGUUCAUAUAAAUGAUGAUGAAGUGUAUGGGUCAUUACAAAAUUUUUUUACAAAUAAGUUAAAAGAUAGCCACAUUAUUUCAAAUAAACAAAUUUUUCAUGUUAGAAAACACGAUUUGUAUUGCAUGGUUCAAUUGAAAAAGAUCAGUGACACAAAAGCUGCGAGUAAAGACAGUGCAGAUACUGAGAUCAAUUAUAUCUGUUCUUUUGAUGGUAAUGAACAAAGUAAAGCUAAGGACAAUGAUACAAUCAUUAAAACAAUACCCGAAUGGAUGGACCCACCAUAUGAAUUUAAUGGAAAACCAACAACAACAACAUUAUUGAGGAGGAAGAAUGUUGAAUUUAUCGGUGGAGAUAAACUAGUAAGUGAUUUAAUGGAUGAAUUGCAUUCUAACAACAAGAACAGUACUAUUCUAAUCCAUGGCAAAAAUGGGUUUGGCAAAACCACUUUGUGUGAAUAUUUACACGAGAAACUAUACAAAGAAACUAAAUGUUUUGUGGAGUAUAUUAACUGCGAAAACAUAAAUUGGUUGGUACCCAAUGCUGAUACUAAUACUAAUAACCCUGAACGACAGAUUUUGGAGUGGUGUGGUAAGAGUUAUUGGUAUUCUCCUACUGUUUUAAUAUUUGAUAAUAUCGAAUUCUUAUUCCCCUUAAAAGAAGAUGAACAACAACCGCAGACCACAGGCACCAGUAGCGAGAAUGACAGUAUCUUGUCCAUAUUUAUUAGUAAUUUUAGUAAAUUAUUAGAGACUAAUAAUUCUAAUGGGGUGCUGAAAAUUAUAUUGACAUGUGCAGAUAAAUAUAAAAUUUCAAGAAUGUUCAAUAGAUUGAAAUUUAUUGAUGUAGAAUAUCAGUUAGAACUACCUAAUAAACAGGUAAGAUUAGAAAUUUUGCAACAUUUAAUUAAUGAAAAAUAUAUGCUACAGUUUGGAAAUGAUGAUGGUGUUACUGGUGCUAUUGAUAUUAGAGAAAUAGUUAGCAACACGGAAGGGUUUUCGAGGAUGGAUAUACAGAUAUUUAUGCAAAACUUAAAUAUUUUGGGUGUUAGCACCACCGAUAGUAUUGAGGCAACCAAGAAUAAAAAAAGAGUUACAAUUGAAACCUAUCAAAAAGUGUUGGAAGAUUUUAUUCCAUCAAAUGUGAAAACAGCCAAUUUACAAUCAUCUACAACGGAGGAUUCUGAUCUGGAUAACAAUAACUGGGAAGAUAUCGGUGGGUUGACUGAACCAAAGGAAUUGUUGUUAGAAACAUUGGAAUGGCCGACUAAAUAUGCGCCAUUAUUUCAACAAUGUCCAUUGCGAUUGAGAUCGGGUAUUUUAUUAUAUGGAUAUCCUGGUUGCGGCAAGACGCUGUUAGCGAUGAGUAUUAAGAAAUACUGUAGGAAAAAUGGUUUAAGUUUUAUAAGUGUCAAGGGACCGGAGAUAUUGAAUAAAUAUAUUGGUGCAAGUGAAGAAAAAAUCAGAGAGUUGUUUGAAAGAGCUUCAAGUUGCAAGCCGUGUGUUUUAUUUUUUGAUGAGUUUGACUCUAUUGCUCCGCAUAGAGGACACGAUUCUACUGGUGUUACUGAUCGCGUAGUUAAUCAAAUGUUAACACAAAUGGAUGGUGCUGAAGGUAGGGAUGGUGUUUAUUGCAUUGGUGCCACCAGCAGACCUGAUUUAAUAGACAGUGCAUUGCUAAGACCGGGCAGAUUAGAUAAGAGUUGUUUGUGCGAUAUGCCAAAUUAUGAAGAUAGGAUGGAUAUUUUACAAAAAAGUUUGUUUAAAAAGUAUAAAGUAGAUGAUGAAGAUAUUGAUGAUGACUUUAUAAGAAAGUUGAUUUUGAAAUUGGAAAAAUUUACCGGGGCUGAUAUACAAAGUUUUUGUUACAAUUCAUAUUUAAAAGCAGUUCAUAGAAAGUUGGAAAAAACGGUUAUGAAUAAUGAAAAAAUUUCCAGCGUCACCAGUAAUGUCGAGGUGAGAGAUAAAAGUAAAUAUAUCAUAUUAAACUCUAAGGUUAAUUCUGAAUUAAUAAUGAGCGAUAAAAAUUACAGUGUUGGCAGUAGCGACACCACUAAAGACAACACGAUUGUGAUAAAUAAAGCUGAUUUAUUAGAAGGGUUGAAAGAAACUCAGCCUAGUAUAUCUGUUAAAGAAUUGAACAAACUGAAAAAAAUAUAUAAUAAAUUUGGAAACGUAGAGGAUGAAGUUAACAAUGACAUUAACUUGAAUACAGGUCACCAGAGUAUUGGUAAUGAAGAUGGUAUUAACAAUAGCGUUGGUACUAGAGCCAGUUUAAUGUAA